UAUCGAAGGAUCAAUCAUGAAGACGGUGCGUUCUUGCAUCGUCAUCUGCCUCUUAUUGGGCAGUAGCAAUGCGUCAGUAAGAAUUGGGCGCGGCUAUUCAGCCGGCGCUGCAGGAGGAGCAGGGGGCGGCGGCGGAGGCGGGGGUGGGGGUGGAGGAGGGUUCGGCUACGGCGGAGGAGGAGGCUUCGGCUUCGGUGGAGGCUCUGGAUCCUUCGAAAGUGGCUUUGAAGGCAUCCGUGAAGGCGUUGGAAGCAUACUCAGUGAUGUGCAUUCCGGGCUCACCGCCCUUGGAAACGUUGGGGGAAGUUUUAGCGGUGGCCUAGGAGGUGGAAAAGGAAAAUCAAUCUAUACAAAAUCUGAAGAUGGAAAAUCUGGAGGAUUUGCCUUUACAGGCACAUUGGAUGGUGGUAAAGGUGGUUACGGCGGCGGCGGUGGAUACAGUGGAGGUGGAAGUGGCGGUGGUUAUGGAGGUGGCGCUGGGUUCGGAUCCGGGGGAGGUUCUGGAGGAGGAGGCGGUCUCAGUUUCGGAGGCUCUGGCGGACAUGGAAGUUCUGGAAGUGGCGGCGCAAGCCAUGGCGCUGGAAAUUCGGGGGGCCUCUCCAGUAGCGGUGGAUUUAGUGGAGGAUUGAAUUUCGGCGGAAGUGGAGGAGGUGGAUAUGGCGCGGGUGGCUCUAGUGGAAGUGGCUACGGUGGAAACAGUGGAGCAGGAAGUGGAAUUAGUGCCAGUGGUAGUAAAAUAAGUUCUGGAUCAGUAUUUGGCUCCAGCAAUAGUGGAGGUGGUGGCGGUGGUUUCGGAGGUGGCUACGGAGGAGGCAGUAGUGGAGGGGGUAGCGGAGGUUUCGCUAUAAAUGAAGGAGGUGUAUCUAGUAGCCAUGGAACCAAUUCUGGAAGUGGACACGGCCACAGUUCUGGCAGUGGACAUGGGAGUAGCGCUGGUGGAGUGACCAGUGGACUUAGUUUCAGUGGUGGAUUUGGAGGUAGUGAAAGUGGAAGCGGCAUACUUAGUGCCGGACAUGGAGUCAAUAGUGGUCGGGGAUCCGGCGGUGUAUCCAGUAGUGCUGGUGGAUAUGGUGGAAUCAGUGGAGGUGGAGGCAGUGGAGGAGGCUAUGGAGGAGGCUAUGGAGGUGGUUAUGGAGGUGGUAUCGGCGGAGGCCUCGGAGGUGGGAGUGGUGUAAAUAGUGGAAGCCUCGGCAGUAGUAGUGGUGGUAGUACAGGAGGCCUGACUAUUAGUAGCGGAGGUAGCCUCAGUGGAGGCCAUGGCGGAGGCUAUGGCGGAGGUACUGGUGGCGGCUAUGGAGGUGCGAAAAGCGGAAGCAGUGGAAGCAUUAGCAGUAGCAGCAGUAACACAGGAGGAGGUUUAACGAUUAAUAGUGGAGGAGGUGUCAGUGGUGGUUAUGGCGGUGGUUAUGGUGGUAGCCUUGGUGGAGGCUUUGGAGGUGGAAACAGUGGAGGACUUGGAAGUGGAAAUAGUGGAAGCCUGAGUAACAGUGGAGGAAGCGCUGGAAGUUUAGCGAUUAGUGGCGGCAGUGGCCACGGCAGUAGUCACGGUGGAAGCUAUGGCGGUGGUAUGGGUGGAGGCCUUGGAGGCGGAAGCGGAGGAGGUCUGAGUUUCGGUGGCAGCGUGAACCAUGGCAGUAGCAGUGGUGGAUCAGGAGGCUUAUCUAGCAGCAGUGGAGCAAGCCUCGGCGGUGGCCAUAGUGGAGGCUACGGCGGCGGUGCUGGUGCAGGCUACGGGGGUGGUAGCGGUGGGGCCCAUAGUAGUGGCGGCGGUAGUUCACUUGGUGGCACCUUUAUGAUUGGUCUUGGAGGCAGUGGGUUAAGUGGUGGUAGCCUCGGAGGCAAAAGUCAAGGAGGAGGUAUCGGAGGAGGCAGUAUAGGUGGAAUUGGAGGAGGAAGCGGUGGAGGUUAUGGAGGAGGUUACGGUGCUGGAGGUGGUGGUGGCUACGGAGGAAGCAGCGGCUCUGGAAGUGGAAGUGCAGGAAGCAACUUAUUGUUUAGUGGAGGUUUUGGAGGAAGUGGAAACUCUGAAGGCAUUGGUAGUGGAAAAAGCUAUGGCGGAGGCAAAGGAGGCGGCGGUGGUUUAGGAAGCUUAGUGGGAAGUUUUCUUGGUGGGUUCGGAGCUGAUUUUAGUGGAAGCAGUAGUGGUGGCGGCGGGGGUAGUGGCGCAGGAGGAUACGGGGGCUCGUUAGGUGGUGCAGGGGCACAAGGUGGUCAAGGUGGCAGCUAUGGGGGAUCGAAUACCGGAGCCUUCAGUAGCAGUGACGCUGCCAGCUCAGCUGGUGGAUAUGGUGGCUCCGGUGGAUACGGUGGCUCCGGCGGCUACGGUGGCUCCGGCGGCUAUGGUCAGUCUGGCGGCUAUGCCUCCGCUAAAGCAUCAGCAUCAGCCAACGCUGGUAGCUACGGUUAACAUAGUAUAGUUCUAUGAACAUAGUCAGGUUCUCACGGCCAUAUUGAAUGAAAUCAAAGUGAUGUAUUAAGCCUCGUAGUCAGUAAACUUAUUUAUAGUUCUUUUAA